AUGCUCAAUGGAAUCGCGGUCCUUAACCCAGCCACAACAACGGGGCCGCGUGCAAAGGGGAACGAUUCAGAGCCUUUGCUCCUUCUUGCCGAUUCAACUCGCGGCAUCAUCUACAGCAUCGACGUUGCCGCGUCCAAUAGCUCUACAAACGUAUUCUACUCAAACCCCGACCUGUUGGCGCCGACCGCCGACGCUGCCUUUCCAACUGGCCUCAACGGCCUCCAGCUACCCCCCGUGCGGAACCCGAAGCACGUGUACUUCACCACCGGCUUCCGCGGCACUUUCUUCCGCCUCGAGCUCUCGCAAACAUCGCCUGCCGUGGCUCCCGCAGCUGAACCUGAGCUCCUAGCCAAGGGUUACGAAAAUUUGGACGACUUUGCAUUGGAUGCGGACGGUACUGCUUAUCUCUCUACUUCAGUAGCUCGCGAGAUCGUACGCGUGACGCCCUCUGGUGAAGAGACUGUCAUCUUUCAGGGUGACCUUGUGUCUUCCGGCACUGCUACGCUUCUAGUGGAGAGAGAUGGGAAGAAAAUCUUGUACGUGAACACUGGUAGUGCAUCCAACUUUGGCGACGGCAUCCCAGGGAAGCUAGUUGAGAUCUGGCUGUAA